AUGUCUGCCACUCACGAUGCGGCGGGCGUCGACAAGGCCGAGGCAAUCGGCCUCGAGCACAAGGCUAGUGUGGCUAACGGGACCGCCACUGCGCUGCAACAGCAGUUUGCAAGUUCGGCACCAGAGUAUCAUCACGAUAUGACCAAGAGGCUCCUACGAAAGGUGGAUUUCCAUCUUCUGCCUUUUCUGAUUCUCAUGUAUCUAUUAAACUUCUUGGAUCGAAACAAUCUGUCACAAGCAAGACUUGGCACAUUGGAAGCUGAACUCGGUAUGACCGGCACCGACUUUAACCUGGCGACCAGUAUUCUCUUCGUUGGCUAUCUAUUGAUGCAACUGCCAUCAAAUCUCAUCAUUACGCGGGUGCGGCCAUCCUUAUACUUAGGAAGCGUCAUGACCAUCUGGGGAACUAUUUCGGCAUCACAAGCCGCGACGCACUCAUUUGGUGCUCUCAUUGCCUGUCGCUUCUUUCUUGGAUUCGCUGAGGCGCCCUUCUUUCCUGGCGCCAUCUUCCUCAUGUCUUCCUGGUAUACUCGCGCCGAACUGGCACAUCGGAUCGCCUGGUUCUAUGCAGGCUCUUCGCUAGCCAACGCUUUUGGUGGCCUCCUCGGAGCCGGCGUAUUGGGGAAUUUGAGCGGAGCCCACGGGAUCUCUGGAUGGAGGUGGCUCUUCAUCAUAGAGGGCGUCAUCACAAUCGGCGUGGCCAUUACAGCGGCCUUUAUCCUGCCCGACUAUCCGGCAACAACAAAGUGGCUCUCGGAAGAGGAAAAGGCAUAUGCGCAAUGGCGACUCGUUGAUGAUGUCGGAGAGGCCGACGAGGGUGGCGCGGCGUCUGUCAAGGAGGGUGUCAUGCUGGCUCUCAAGGACCCACGACUAUAUCUCUUCACCCUUCUCCAGCACAUCAGCUUGCUCUCACAGUCCUUUCAGUACUUUUUCCCGACAAUUGUCAAGACACUCGGGUAUGGAAACAUUGAGACACUCUUGAUCACGGCGCCGGUGUGGAUUGGGACUUUUCUCGUGUCGCUCGUGGUGACGUAUACGUCUGGAAAGUAUCACGACAGAAGCAUACAUAUUAUAUGCCUAAUGUUCAUAUCGGUCAUUGGUAACAUUAUUGUUGUCUCGUCGCUCAAUACUGCGGCACGCUUUUUUGCAAUGUUUCUCAUGCCAAUGGGCGCAGUCUCGGCCUAUCAAAUCAUCGUGGCCUGGGUAUCCAACAGCUUUCCCCGGCCCCUGGUCAAAAGGUCGGCUUGCAUAUCGAUUGCCAAUAUGAUUGGAAAUUGUGCCAACAUCUAUGGAUCGUACAUGUAUCCUUCCUCUGAUGGUCCAAGAUACCUUGCUGGUGGUAGCGCAACGGCUGCAGUUGCCCUUGUUGUGGCCAUCAUGGCUUUUGGUGUGCGCCUCGUACUACAGCGAGAUAACAAGAAGCUCGCUGCUCGUGAGCAGGCUGCGCGGGAAGCGGAGGAAGCAGAGGAAGCAGGGCCAAGGGAGGCGGCCUUUGAGAGCAGGGUCAAUGGGUUUAGAUAUGUCCUUUAG